AUGCUUCUCGUCCCCAAGGAGCUCGAUAAGCUUGUAACCUCGCAGCUGGGGUUUCUAGCACAGAGAAGGCUGGCGAGAGGUGUCAGGUUGAAUUAUGCCGAAGCCUGCGCACUUGUCGCCAACAAUUUGCAAGAGCUUAUCCGCGAUGGAAACCACUCUGUGGCAGACCUCAUGUCCAUCGGAAAGACGAUGCUUGGUCGCCGCCAUGUGCUACCAUCCGUGGUCUCAACCUUGACCGAAAUCCAAGUCGAAGGCACAUUCAAGACCGGCACGUACGUCGUGACGGUGCAUCAUCCAAUCAGCUCGGAUGACGGCGAUCUGGACAAAGCCCUCUACGGGAGUUUCCUGCCGGUGCCUUCCAAAGAUGCCUUCCCUCUGCCGGACCCGAGCGAGUACGAGGGCAACAAGAUGCCUGGUGCUGUCGUGCCUGUGAAAGAGGGCAGGAUCUUGUUGAAUGAAGGCAGGAAGAGGAUCAGGUUGAAGGUGGCCAGCAAAGGCGACAGGCCGAUCCAGAUCGGAUCUCAUUAUCACUUCAUUGAAACCAAUCCUCAACUAGAGUUCGACCGAGUGAAAGCAUAUGGAUUCCGCCUGGACAUCCCAGCAGGAACCUCGGUGCGUUUCGAGCCUGGAGACACGAAGACAGUCAACCUUGUUGAGAUCGGAGGCAACAAGAUCAUCCGCGGCGGAAACAAUGUCGCCUCGGGGGUGGUCGACCUGACGCGCGUCGAUGAAAUCGUCGAGAAGCUUCAAAAGGCCGGGUUCGCACAUGUCCCCGAGCCAGCUGGCGAUCUGGCUCAUUUAGAUGUCGCGUCCAUGACCAGGGCAGACUACGCAAGCAUGUUCGGUCCCACGACCGGCGAUCUGGUGAAACUAGGAAAUACGGAUCUGUGGAUCAAGGUCGAAAACGACCUGACCGUCUAUGGAGAAGAAUGCAAAUUCGGCGGCGGCAAGACGCUUCGUGAAGGAAUGGGCCAGGCAUCGGGCCGUCCAGACUCGGAAGUCCUGGACACGGUCAUCACCAACGCGCUGAUCGUCGACUGGUCAGGCAUCUACAAAGCAGACAUUGGCAUCAAGCACGGGGUCAUCUCAGCCAUCGGCAAGGCUGGCAACCCCGACGUCAUGGAUGGCGUACACCCCAACCUGGUCGUUGGCAGCGGCACGGACGUGAUCGCCGCCGAAGGCAACAUCGUCACGGCGGGUGGAUUUGAUUCGCACAUCCAUCUGAUCUGCCCGCAGCAGGCCUACGAAUCCAUCUCGGCGGGAAUCACUACAUACCUCUGCGGCGGCGUCGGUCCGUCGGCUGGCACCAAUGCCACCACGUGCACACCGGGAAAAACGCACAUGAAGCAGAUGCUCCAAGCCGUGGAUUCGCUGCCCAUCAACUACGGCAUCACGGGGAAAGGCAACGACAGCUCUCCCGUGGCGCUGCGGGAGUCCUGCGAAGCCGGUGCCUGCGGGCUCAAGCUCCACGAAGACUGGGGCACCACGCCGGCGGCCAUCGACACCUGCUUGUCGGUAUGCGACGAGUACGAUGUGCAAUGCCUGAUCCACACAGACACGCUCAACGAGUCGGGGUUCGUCGAAUCCUCGAUCGGGGCCUUCAAAGGCCGCACCAUCCACACGUAUCACACCGAAGGUGCAGGCGGCGGCCACGCUCCCGACAUCAUCUCGGUGGUCGAGCACCCGAAUGUGCUGCCAUCCUCGACGAAUCCGACGCGUCCUUACACGCGCAACACCCUGGACGAGCACCUGGACAUGCUGAUGGUGUGCCACCAUCUGUCCAAGAACAUUCCGGAGGACGUGGCGUUUGCCGAGUCCCGCAUCCGCGCCGAGACCAUUGCCGCCGAGGACGUGCUGCACGAUCUCGGCGCCAUCAGCAUGAUGUCCUCGGACAGCCAGGCCAUGGGCCGCUGCGGCGAGGUCAUCCUGCGUACCUGGAACACAGCGCACAAGAACAAGCAGCAGCGCGGCACGCUCAAGGAAGACGAAGGCACGGGCGCCGACAACUUCCGCGUCAAACGUUAUGUCAGCAAGUAUACCAUCAACCCAGCCAUCACGCAGGGCAUGUCACACAUCCUCGGAAGCGUCGAGGUCGGCAAGUUGGCCGAUUUGGUUGUAUGGAAGCCGAGCAACUUUGGCGCAAAGCCGAAUUUGGUGAUUAAGAGCGGCAUGAUCAGUUAUGCCAUGAUGGGCGACGCCAACGGCUCCAUUCCGACCAUCCAGCCCAUCAUUUCGCGCCCCAUGUUCGCGCCCUUGGUGCCGACGACAUCCAUCACCUUUGUGUCAGCCGCGUCGAUCGCCUCGGGGACCAUUGCGUCGUACAACCUCUCGAAGCGGGUCGAGCCCGUCAAGAACUGCCGCAACCUCACCAAACGCGACAUGAAGUAUAAUGAUGUCAUGCCCAAGAUGAAGGUCGACCCGGAGAGCUAUGUCGUCGAGGCGGACGGGCAGGUCUGCAAGGCCGAGCCGGCGGAGGAGGUGGCUUUGGGGCAGAGUUACUACGUUUUCUGA